AUGGACUCGCCACAUCGUUACGCGACGGGCGGCCCCGGCUUGGAUCCAGUGGGCCCGACUACCUACUUCUCAAAGUCACCCCCCGCCGAAUUCAAGACAGAAUAUCUGCCCAAAAUAUCAAUCAUUCUCAUCAAGCCCGAACUCCAGCUCUCCAAUCAACAAGAAGAUCAAUGCACCCGUUUCCAAAGGUACUUUGACCAACAUCGCCCUCAAAUUAAAACGAUAAUCGAAGAGGACCUCGAUAAAUUAGAAACACGGACAGAUAUAGACCUGGUCAUUGCUCUUGGUGGCGAUGGCACGAUACUCCACGUCUCCCAUCUUUUCAAAAAUACUGCUUGUCCGCCCAUACUUGGAUUUAACUUGGGUACGAUCGGAUUUUUAUUACCCUUUGCUCCCGCGGACUGUUUUAACGUCAUUAACCAGGUGCUAGAUGGAAAAGUCGGUGUUGAAGAAAGGAUGAGAUUAGAUUGUUUCGUUGGGAAGGGUGGAGAUGCACAAGAAAACGAAGGCGUAAAAGACACGAUACAAUUACUUGAGGAGAAUCUGUCAACGUCAAACUCUUUGGUUGACUUGAGUGCAAUGAACGAAGUCAGCCUCCAUCGUAACGCGUCUCCUCACAUGGUGGCCAUCAACAUUUCGAUCGAGAAUCGAUUCCUGACUCAGGCUGUCGCCGACGGAUUGAUCAUUGCCACGCCGACAGGUUCCACCGCCUACUCGUGCUCAGCCGGCGGACCGAUUGUGUAUCCAAGUAUGGAAGCCAUGCUGUUGACGCCCAUCUGUCCACGCAGUCUCAGCUUUAGACCGCUAGUAUUGCCCGCUGAUCUCCAUGUCCAACUGGCGUUGGAUCCCAAGUCCCGAUCAACCGCUGAGCUCAUGGUCGACGGGAUCGGAAUCAAAACUAUCCAUCCCGGUGAAUCCGUCGAAAUCCGUCGCUCAGAUCACCCCAUUCACAUCUUUUCGCCCCCAAGCCCUAACACCUUUGUUCACGACCAUUGGAUUAAUGAUUUAAACAUGAUGUUGAACUUCAAUCGUUCUUAUCAAUCCAAAGAGUCUGGUUAA